AUGGAGACUUAUAGUUUUGUGUUCCACAUGAAGAUGAUGUUAAGAUUACUUCGUAUGACAAAUGAUGUAUCUCUUCUAUUGCAAAAUGAGGACCAGAAUAUUGUGCAGGUCAUAUCUUUGGUUACGGAUGUGAGAACACUUUUGGUCAAUUGGAGAGAUCAUGGUUGGGAUUCACUCUUGGAAGAUGUCAAAUCAUUUUUCAUUGAAAAUGAGAUCAUAAUCUCAAACUCUAUCAUCACAGAGUUUGAUCAUCGAUUUAAUGAGGCGUCUUCAGAGGUUAUUCAGAAUUUCUCUUGUCUUGAUCCAAGAGACUCAUUUGCUAGGUUCAAUAGAAUUGAAGAUUUCAGAGUUUGUAUUGACAUUGCAAGCCUAGCUAAAAAGAGGGUUGAACUUGAAAGGCACAUCAUGUUUCCUACGGUUUACCGUCUUAUUGAGUUGGCAAUGCUUUUACCGGUGGGGAUGGCAACAGUUGAAAGGGCAUUCUCAGCUAUGAAGAUUAUCAAGACGGAGUUGCGCAACAAGAUGUCUGAUGGUUCGCUUAAUGAUUUGAUGGUGUGCUACAUCGAGCGAGGGGUAUUCAAAAAUCUUGAUCUUGGUGAAAUUAAAAAAGAUUUUCAAAAGGAAGGUAGAGCUUUGCCAUUGCCUGGAACUUCUAGACGGCAUUAA